AUGGUCGAGUUUCGAUGCGGGAAGAUGAAGGUGGAUGGCAACGGAACGACAGUGCGAGCAGAUCCCCGCAAAGGACGUCUGACUGUGAAGAAGUCGCCGGAGGAUGAUCUGAUGCAUCUUACCUGGACAGACAGGAGCCAAGGUCUCACUGAAGACGACUUCAUCAUAUUCCCCGGAGAUGCCGUCUUUGAGUAUGUGGAACAAGCCAAGGACAACGCUAAGAACAACAGAGUUUAUGUAUUGAAGUUUACAUCCACGCGUAAACUUCAUUUCUAUUGGAUGCAGGAGCCCAGCAACGAGAAGGAUGCUGAGUAUGCAGGCAAAGUGAACGCGUACAUCAAUGGGGUGAGGACUCCCUUCUCUUCCUCCUGCCUUUGCCUUGACGACGAGCAGGAGUCGGACCCCAGCGCUCCAGCAGGGAUCAGCGCGAGCAUCGGGCAGGCAGAUCAGGUUUCCUUCUUCAUCAUGCUCCUCGGAGGGCACUGA